CCUUGCGCGCUGGGGGCGUGUCGGCGGCGGGGUCAGUAGGUAGGCGUGGUUUAUGUGGAGGUGGGAGUGGUUAGCGGUGCAGGUGCGGAAGUCUGUAGAGCGGUCAGUGGUGCCCGGAGUGUGGAAGCGGCGUGGACGGCGGAGCCCCGAGGAGCAGGGAUCGUUACUAUGGCAAUGACGGCGAGUAACCCCAAUUCUUGUCCCAUGACCGGCUACACCCGGGAGAGAGUGACCGUGGCCAAACUCACACUCGAGACUUUCUACAGUAAUCUCAUCCUACAGCACGAGGAGCGAGAGACCCGGCAGAAGAAGCUGGAGAUCGCCAUGGAGGAGGAGGGGCUGGGAGAUGACGAGAAAAAAAUGCGGCGAUCGCAACACGCCCGAAAGGAAACGGAGUUCCUGCGGCUGAAGAGGACCCGCCUGGGGCUGGAGGAUUUCGAGUCGCUGAAGGUCAUCGGCCGAGGGGCCUUCGGAGAGGUUCGUCUCGUUCAGAAGAAGGACACUGGACACAUCUAUGCCAUGAAGAUUCUACGCAAGGCCGACAUGCUGGAGAAAGAACAGGUAGCGCACAUCCGAGCAGAACGGGACAUCUUGGUGGAAGCGGACGGGGCCUGGGUGGUUAAAAUGUUCUACAGCUUCCAGGAUAAGAGGAACCUGUAUCUGAUCAUGGAGUUUCUGCCUGGAGGGGACAUGAUGACUUUGCUUAUGAAGAAGGACACGCUGACGGAGGAGGCGACGCAGUUUUAUAUCGCCGAAACUGUCCUGGCUAUCGAUGCCAUUCACCAGCUUGGGUUUAUUCACAGGGAUAUCAAGCCGGACAAUCUGCUGUUGGAUGCCAAGGGUCACGUCAAGCUUUCAGAUUUUGGCCUCUGCACGGGACUGAAGAAGGCCCAUAGAACUGAGUUUUACCGGAACCUGACCCACAAUCCUCCCAGUGACUUCUCCUUCCAGAACAUGAACUCCAAGAGAAAAGCAGAAACGUGGAAGAAAAACCGUCGACAGCUGGCCUACUCCACAGUUGGGACCCCGGAUUACAUUGCGCCGGAGGUCUUUGUGCAGACGGGAUACAACAAGCUCUGUGAUUGGUGGUCGCUGGGAGUCAUUAUGUACGAGAUGUUAAUUGGGUACCCACCAUUCUGCUCAGAGACCCCCCAAGAAACAUACAGGAAAGUGAUGAACUGGAAAGAGACCUUGGUCUUUCCUCCUGAGGUUCCAACAUCGGAGAAAUCCAAGGAUUUAAUUCUCAGGUUUUGUACAGACUCCGAAAACCGCAUCGGCUCGAACGGCGUUGAGGAAAUUAAGAGUCAGCCCUUUUUCGACGGCGUCGAUUGGGGACAUAUCAGGGAGAGGCCGGCGGCGAUUCCCAUUGAAAUAAAGAGCAUCGAUGACACCUCCAAUUUCGACGAGUUCCCAGAGUCUGACAUUUUGAAGCCAGCGUCAAACCCACCGGAGCCCGACUACAAGUCCAAAGACUGGGUCUUCCUCAAUUACACGUACAAGAGGUUCGAAGGUCUGACGCAGCGGGGGUCGAUCCCUUCCUACAUGAAAUCCGGGAAGCUUUGAGCGGCUUGUCCCCCCCCAUCCCUGGACACAAACAGUUACUCAGGUAUCCGCAGAGAACACGUCAGCGAAAUAUAUUCUAGACUCGGUGUUCACUAAAACCCAUGAGGAAAUUCUGCAGGAUUAGGAUUUCGGACGACUACAGGAAACAGCUGGCAGCGCUGGCGACCUUUCCCCUCUUCUUUUUUUUUAAGAAAAAACUCAAUUUUGAUUCUACCCAAAGGUACUGGAAUGUGAGCAUCUGUAUCAUAUCUGUGGCUGUCUCUCUGUGAGUGUUACAGGUCAUUUGGAUUCACCGGUACCGAGCCAUUGUGUUUCUGUGCCGCCAUCACUGUUGUGUGGCCAGUAGGGUAUUGUGGCCUUUAAAUGGUCAAUCUUGUCUGUUGGGAGGAAAUGGACUGGGUUACAUUGUUACUUUAUCCAUGUAAAUGUGUCUGAUUAUAUCGUUAUUUAUUCUGCCCCAAUCAUUGUUUAUUUAAUCAUAUUCAUUCAAUGUGUCGGAUGAGCAUAAACCCUGCCCUAAUUAGUGAGUAAUUAGCUUAAACCCCACCCCUACUAGUUAUUGGCUAGUAUGAAACCCUCCCCAACCAGCGAUAAGCAUAAACCCCACCCCCACUAGUGAGUAAUAAGCAUAAACCCACACCUUCUAGUAAGUGGUUAAUGUAAACCCCUCCCCAACCAGCGAUGAGCAUAAACCCCACCCCCACUAGUGAGUAAUAAGCAUAAACCCACACCUUCUAGUAAGUGGUUAAUGUAAACCCCUCCCCAACCAGCGAUGAGCAUAAACCCCACCCCCACUAGUGAGUAAUAAGCAUAAACCCACACCUUCUAGUAAGUGGUUAAUGUAAACCCCUCCCCAACCAGCGAUGAGCAUAAACCCCACCCCCACUAGUGAGUAAUAAGCAUAAACCCACACCUUCUAGUAAGUGGUUAAUGUAAACCCCUCCCCAACCAGCGAUGAGCAUAAACCCCACCCCCACUAGUGAGUAAUUAGCAUAAACCCCACCCCAACCAGUGAGUGAUUAGCAUAAACCCCUCCACUCCUGUGAAGCAUCAGUAAGUGGAGAGAAGAGCAUUAGGGUAUGACAUGACUUUGUGUCUCUUACAAUAAAGUAGAUGACUUUAGCAUUAUUAAAGGCAAAGUACUUCACAACGUAUAAAAAGCAAUGUAUCCGCCCAGCGCAGCACUUACUUACAUAUUAAGUAUUCAUUCAAUUAACGGCCCAGCAAACCCAGUCUCACUUCCUGCCUCUUGUCCUAUCAGUACAUUUAUAUUCAGUGCUGGUUCUGCCCGACCUCUCCCAUGUCGUACCCAUAACACAGAGUGGGGAGAGCACAAAGCACAGGGAGAAGGGGUGGGAGGUAUUUUUAGACAUUGAUCAGAACAUUCUAAAUCCACAGCUUUUCAAUUAAUGUUGUAAAUGAUUUGAUUCGUUAACACUAGACAAUAAAGAUGGAUUGUAGUGAUA